AUGUUUGCAAAAGAUUCCACAAAAGAAAAAGCAUUUAUAGAGAGUGGAUUCUCAAACUGGAAGACGGCCAUGGAAAGUGGGAAAGGAUAUAAAAAAUAUGAGCAGUCAGAGGUUCAUAUGAGAGCAAUGGCAUCUUGGAAAGAGAAAGAGUUUCGUGAGAAACGUGGUCAGACGGUACGAAACCUUAUCCAAGUCAGGCCAGAACACAAGAUAUGGCUGAAAACAGUAUUCAACACUACCAAAUACCUGGUUGCUAACGGUCUUAGCUUUCGCGGACACGAAGAAAACUCGACGUUAGAAGAGGGCCUGUCAGGAGGCGUCUAUUUAAAUACAUUCUCUGAUCUUAUUUUUCCUCAAGAUCCUCAUUUGCAACAAAUAGCAAAGAAUCUUCCAACCAAUGCAAAGUGUACCUCACCAGAAAUACAAUAUGAGGUAAUAGAAACCCUAGCAGAGAUUGGGAGAGAGACAGUCGCCAACGAGUGCAAAGAAGCAGAGUUAUUCACCCUAAUGAUGGAUGGAACUACUGAUAGCAGUCAGAGGUACAGUAUUAACCUUACAAACUUAAAUAACUUGCAGGUUAACUCCUGUAGUAGUGUUUGUUACUGUAGUAUUUAAUUCUGGUCAUAUCACAACAAUAUUUAGUGAAAUAGAAGGUGUUGCUUUGAGAUAUUGGAACAACAGCAAAGGAGGUAUUGUGGAACACGUGGUCGAUGUCAAGUUGGCAGAAGACAGGUCUGCAAAGGGUCUUGUGGACAUCGCUACAACAACUCUAGAGGACGAGGGUGAAAUAUCAAUGGAUGGACUAGUUUCCAAUAUUUUGAUGGGGCUAUUGUCAUGUCUGGGACAAAAGGUGAGUGUUGAUGAGUUAUCAUUGACGUCUAUAAAUUAGCAUAUUAUUCUACUUCAUUUUAUUACACUUAUAUUUUUUAUCAGGUGGUUUGCAACAGUUAAUUCAAGAACACUGUGGCCGUAAUAUUCCAUACAUUCACUGUCUGAACCAUCGACAUGGCUUUGUGAUAAGAGAUACUUUGUCAAACAUUUUAGAGUUAGGUGAUUUCUUUCAACUGAAUCAGGAUUUAUACAUUUUCUUCAGAAUCCCUCAGAUUAAUAAGCUGUAUGAAGGUGAUUCUUUAAAAAAGUUGAUAACUACAAGAUGGGAUGGGCAUUUAUCAAGUUUCAAAGUUAUUUCAAAAUACGUUGAAGAUGUUUAUGCCACACUGGAGAAAUGUGUAGUUUCAACGUCAGUAGAUUCAGAAUAUCGUGCCAAAGCUAGGGGUUAUUUAUCAUCCUUAAAACAGCCUGUUAGCAUCUUUCUCAUAGCAUUUAUGAUGGAUGUUUUAUCUCUUCUGGAUAUCCUUAAUAAGACUUUCCAGAAGUCUGAUUGUGACUUACGAAUAUCACUUAGCAUACUGAAAUCCAUUAGAGAAAACCUAGAUGAUCUGCGUCAGAAGUACACCAUAGAGAGCAUCACACAUCUCAUUUAUCCUGAGUGGGCUGCUACGACAGUGAUUGAACCCGGCGUUGGUAGUAAAAGAAAACGAACCAUCCCAGAUAAGUUUCAGGACUCGGUCUUGACAGAUAAGCUUCCAAUAUAUCGGGAUAUGAACAACAACUUGGAACAAUUACGUGCAUUAGCAGUUGAAGUACUUGACAAUCUUGAUGCUGAAUUUGAUAACCGUUUCAGUUAG